CGUCGGCUCAGAGCGCCGGGCAGGGGCGGGAGCUCACCCUCCGCCUGCCCCGGGGGCGGUGCUCCGGUGCCUCCGCCCCUCACCGGCUGUCCAGUCCCGCGGCAGCCGCUCGCACCGGAGCCGGGGCCUGGCUUUGCUUCGCCACUCCCGGUCCCUUCCCCCUGCGCCGGCCGCUAGGGGGUUCGCGCUUGCCGCCGGCUCCCGCUGCCCCGCGAUGCCGUCCAACAAAUCCGUCUCGGACGCGCCCAUCGUGCAGUUCACCAACUGCCGCAUCCUGAGGGAGCACCGGCUCCAGAGGGAGGACCUGUGGGUGCGAGAGGGGAAGAUCCUCAACCCAGAGAAGCUCUUCUUUGACGAAAAGGGCUCUGCUGAUGUCCAGCUGGACUGCAAGGACAGCAUCAUCGCCCCAGGUUUCAUCGAUGUCCAGAUCAAUGGAGGCUUUGGGGUGGACUUCUCUCUGGCUACAGAUGACUUCAAAUCAGGUAUUGACCUGGUCAGUCAGAAAAUCCUCUCCCAUGGAGUGACCUCUUUCUGUCCCACCCUGGUGACCUCUCCUCCAUCUGUGUACCACCAGGUUCUCCCUCAGAUCAGUGUAAGAAAUGGUGGAGCCCAUGGAGCAGGAGUCCUGGGAGCCCACCUGGAAGGGCCGUUCAUCAGCAAGGAGAAGAAGGGUGCCCACCCGGAGCACUGCCUCCGCACCUUUGAGGCAGGCGCUUUCCAGGACCUGCUUGCCACCUACGGCUCCCUGGACUGCGUGCAGAUAGUGACCCUGGCCCCUGAAAUGAGGAGGAGCAGUGAGGUGAUCCGGGAGCUCACCAAGCGGGGCAUCUGCGUCUCCCUGGGUCACUCAGUGGCUAAUCUCUCCCAGGCUGAGGAGGCUGUGCAGCACGGAGCAACCUUCAUCACUCACCUCUUCAAUGCCAUGCUGCCGUUCCACCACCGUGACCCUGGCAUUGUGGGGCUGCUGACAAGUGACAAGAUUCCUGCUGGGCGGAGGGUCUUCUAUGGCAUGAUUUCUGAUGGCAUCCACACCAACCCCGCUGCCCUGCGCAUUGCCCACCGAGCCCACCCCAAAGGGCUGGUGCUGGUGACAGAUGCAAUCGCUGGCAUGGGGCUGGCACCGGGUCGGCACACGCUGGGUCAGCAGGUAGUGGAAAUCGAUGGGCUGAACACGUACAUCGCAGGCACAAAGACCCUGAGUGGCAGCGUGGCGACCAUGGACACUUGUGUGCGACACUUCCAAGAAGCCACAGGGUGCUCGGUAGAGACCGCGUUGGAGGCGGCGUCUCUGCAUCCCGCUCAGCUCCUGGGGAUUGAACAUAAAAAGGGGACACUGAAUUAUGACUCCGAUGCAGAUUUCCUAAUGCUGAAUGACAGCCUGUAUGUGCAAGCCACGUACAUUGCUGGCGAGGAGGUCUGGCGACAGGAUGUGUCGGGCAUGUGACCCUGGGCUGUCCCAGUGCCCUCCAAGGCUCACUGGCA